AUGUCCAAGGUUGACUAUGUGAACAACAACCCUGCUGAAUCAUUCAACUCAAGAAUCAGGAAAUACAAGAGUCUUCACAUAGUUGACUUGCUAGACAAGAUUAGGCAAUACAUCAUGGAGAAAUUUGAUUUAAGAAACAUAAUUGCCACUGACCAUUUCAUUGGGCACUACAUCAUACCAGCAAUAAUGAAGGUUUUGAUGGAGAAGACAAAAGGUUUGGAGAUGAGCAUAGUUAGGAGAAGCCCAACAGAGGCUGAGGUGACUGCUACUGACAGAGAGAAAAGAGAAUGGAGGUACCCUGUUGACAUAGAGAAGUGGUCUUGCAGUUUUGAGAUGUUUAGAGCAACUUAUGCUGAGAAUCUACCAGCUCUAGAAGGCAAACAACAGUGGGACUGUGUAGAUCUAGGAUUCAAACUGUGUGCUCCUGUUCAGAACAGACCACCAGGAAGACCAAGAAAGCAGAGGAUAAGAUCUACCAGUGAAGGAAAGGGCCUUGGUCCUAGGAAGUAUAAGUGCAAGAGAUGUGGAAGAUGUGGACACAAAACCAAAGGCUGCAAAGAAUCUGUUGAUCCAGCCUUUGGAGAAGAAGAACAUUGGGGAGCAGAUAAUGCAGAUGAUCAUCCAACAGCUAAUGAGCCAGCAGAAGCACAAGUAGAAGAUGAGGAGGAGGAUGAAGAGCCAGAAGUUGAUGUUCUUCAGCAGCAGAUGCCACCACCAAAGGAAAUCUCACAUGAGGCAUCUACACAAGCUAGUGUAGUGAGCUCCAAAUCCACCAUGCUUGCACUCGCAGUCUUCCUGCUCCUGCUCACCGAAACCACAACAGGGUGGUCCAAGCCAGAAGCACUGAGGACGACCCAUGAUCGAGGAGGAUGCAUCGCCAGGGAGAGGGAAGCUCUGUUGUCCAUCAAAGCCGGCAUCACGGCUGACCCAGAUGGCCUACUCUCGUUGUGGCGAGGGCAGGACUGCUGCCGGUGGGAGGGUGUGAGCUGCAGCAACAUGACCGGCCAUGUCAUCAAACUCGACCUCCAUAAACGGGACGACCAGUCUUCCCUGGAAGGUGAGAUAAGCUCUUCUCUGAAAGACCUGCAGCAUCUGCAGCACCUGGACCUUGGCGGGAAUGAGGAUCUCACCGGGCCUGGAGGACGCCUCCCAGAGUUCUUAGGGUCUCUUGGUGACCUGCGGUACCUCAACCUCUCCAGCCUGGAUUUUUCUGGCACAGUGCCCCAUCAACUUGGCAACCUCACGAGGUUGUUAUACCUCGAUCUGAGAUCUUAUUAUGGUCUAUCUAAAGAAUUGCACCAAGAAGAUCUCUUAUGGCUGCCACAGCUCUCUUUGCUCAAACAUCUUGACAUGAGUUAUGUGAACCUCAGCACUGUGAUAGGCUGGGUUGACACAGUAAACAAGCUGGCCGCUCUUGAGGUCCUCAGGCUAUCGUCAUGUUCGCUUAAUAGCACAGGCCACUUUGUGUCCCGCUCGAAUCUCACCAUGCUCGAGAUCCUUGACAUCUCUGGCAAUUCAAUUGAAUUGCAGUUCAAGGCUAUCAGUUGGGUUUUGGAUGCAACCAGCCUCAUAUAUCUCAGCCUUGAGUAUAGCGGUAUAUAUGGCAUGUUUCCUGCACAUUUGGGAAACUUCACCUCACUUGAAGUCCUUCAGCUGAGUGGUAACUAUCUGAAGGGAAUGCUACCAGAUACACUCACGAGCCUCUGCAGGCUGAGAAUAUUUGAACUGGCAGGGAAUGAUGUUCAAGGGGAUGUGACAGUUUUAAUCGACAGGUUACCGAAAUGUUCAUGGUGUCAGUUGCAGGUCUUGCGUCUGGGCCACAAUAGCAUAACCGGUUCCUUGUCAGACUGGAUCAGCAACGUGACUAGCUUGACCACUCUUGAUCUUAGAUUCAACAAGCUUACAGGACCUCUGACAACUGGGAUAGGUAUGCUUUCUAACCUGAUUUAUCUGAACCUAGGCUACAAUCAGAUGGAUGGACUCAUCACUCAAGGUCACUUCGCCAAGCUUACAGAGUUGCGGCACCUACACUUAUCUGGAAAUUCCUUUACCAUGGAGCUGAACUCUGACUGGAUCCCUCCGUUCACAUUACAGUCACUAGGAUUAACAUCAUCCUAUCUUGGGCCGAGAUUUCCUCAAUGGCUUAAAUCACAGAAGAACAUCUCCUUCCUUUAUAUGUCUGGUACUGGCAUAGUUGAUACCAUGCCUGGUUGGUUUUGGACAGUAUUUAUAGGGGCUGAAAUUUUGGACCUCUCCAGCAAUAACAUUGGUGGCAAAUUACCGGCUACUCUUGGACAAAUGGGAGCUGAUGUCUUAGAUCUAAGCUCGAAUCGAUUCACAGGCUCAGUACAACAGCUACCUCAGUACACAACUGAAUUGGAUCUCUCAAGCAACUUUCUGUCAGGGCCUCUACCAUUGAGUUUAUGGCCAAUAUAUAUAGAGAGUUUGUUUCUUUCUAACAACUACUUCACAGGCACUAUCCCGGCAUCGUUAUGCCAAAUACAGUCCCUGAGAUAUCUUGACAUUGGAAGUAAUAUGAUAACAGGUCACUUACCUCGAUGUUCAGAACAUGUGACAUCAAGUUCAGCAAUGGUAACGCCUAACACAACCUCUCCGGAUAGUGAUUCAAGCUCUACCAUGCCACUAUCUAUGUCAAUUGAGACUCUUAGGAUCGACAACAAUAGCCUCUCGGGAGAAUUCCCUCUGUUAAUACAGAAUUGCCCAGAACUAACUUUUGUUGAUCUUGGGCAAAAUAAGUUUUCUGGGAGCAUACCAGAAUGGAUUGGACAGAAAUUGCCACAACUGAAAUAUCUGCGUCUCAGAUCCAACAUGUUUUCUGGCUAUAUACCUGCCCAGCUUAAAGAACUUCGUCAUCUCCAAUAUUUGGACCUAGCACACAACAACUUCUCAGGCUCUAUACCUCGGUCCCUGCUAAACAUGGAUGGCAUGACCAAAACCACAGAAUUAGCAGAUCGGGAUAUUCCGUCCGGCACUUCCAGCGGCAUUAUUGCUGUAGAUGAUGGCGAUGUUCCUGGAGGAUUUGCGUAUUAUUAUAUUGAUAGCAUAUUUGUAGUCACAAAAGGGCAAGGACGAGAAUAUAUUGGUCAAUCAAUAUACAUGGUGAGUCUAGAUUUGUCCUUGAAUCAUUUAACUGGAGAUAUCCCCAAAAGCAUUGGUCCCGCAUCCGGUUUAGUGAGCAUGAAUCUGUCUCUGAACCACUUGACUGGAAAAAUCCCAGAGAGCAUUGGCUCCAUGCGCUCACUGGAAUCACUUGAUCUCUCCAGCAACCAGCUCUCUGGCGAAAUCCCUUCGAGACUAUCCGAUCUAACAUUGCUAAGCUAUCUGAAUUUGUCCUACAACAAAUUGUCAGGAAGGAUACCGUCAGGCCCCCAGCUCGACACACUCAACCCUGAUGAUCCCACCUCCAUGUACAUUGGCAACCCUGGACUCUGCGGGCCUCGUCUCCGGAAGACUUGUCCAGGAAACCAUGCAGCGGAAAGCCACCCCAAAGAGAGCAAAGGAGGAUCCGAGACGAUGCCCUUGUGUUUUGGACUAAGCGUCGGCUUGGUAUUUGGCCUUUGGGUAGUGUUCUGCUCCCUUCUGUUCAAGAAAACGUGGAGGGUCUCCUAUUUCCUGUUCUUUGAUGAGGCUUGUGAUAAAAUGUAUGUAUUUGUGGUUGUGAAUUGGGCGAGGAUGAGGCGGAAGGUGAUGGCCACAGAUUGA